CUCCCUUGGCUGGCUCCCUGUCUGGAUUUGCUUGCCCUUUGUUGCUCUCCGGCUCCCACGCUCUCCGCCCGGCGCCCGCUGCACAAACUUUUACUACUCCUACUCCUGCGUCUCCGUCCCCCUUCUUCCCCCUUUUGCCACUUUUGGGGACCUCGACCCCUCUCAAAUCCAGAGGAAGGCCGGGGAAAAGCAAGCACAAGCACAGCUCCCCCCUCCAGCUCCAGCCACCCCAACAAAAGGUUCCCUCUCCCCCUUCCCUUCCCACUCAAUCUCGCCGCUCCCGUCCUCCGCCGCCGGUUCUUGGAUCCUGGAUUUGGCGGCCGAAAGAUUCCAUAUUUAUUUAUUCUGCAAGGUGGAGGGAGGGUGUGGCGAUGGGGGCGUCGCCUGAUCUGCCGGCGUCCGGCUGGUGGAGCGCCUCCUGGACGAGGCCUGAUCCGUAUUGGUCCCAGUGAUCUGGCCGUGCCGGCGGCUCGGGUCCGUGGUGCCAGGGUUUGUCUGCUGCCCGGCGGCUGCUUGGAGAUCUUUCUUGCGCUGUUGCCUGUUGGGGGGUGAGUUCAGAAGCUGCGAGGAUUUGCCUAGAUCCCUCUUCGUUCCUGCUGCUGAUUUGCUGUGCUGGGAUACUGCUAGGGUUUUGGGUGUGGCCAUAGGUUGUCUGUGGUAGUACAAGAUGAUUAAACAGAUCCUUGGUAGGCUGCCCAAGAAGACAGGGAAGGCCGGCGAUGGCCGGGAUGCUGCCACGGCCAACGGCAACGAGCCGUCCAACUCUUACAGCGUGGCAAGGAGUGUGGAGCCUGGUGGGAAUAAGAGAGCAGGAAAUGGGGAGCACCUGCCACCAGCUGGCUCCGCUUCUAGUCUGGCGAUGAAUGGGGCCGUGGUGUAUCACUCCAACGAGCCGCUGCCGGCGUUCAAGGACGUGCCGGUCUCAGAGAAGCAGAAUCUGUUUGUCAGAAAGGCCACCCUGUGCUGUGCUGUGUACGACUUCGCCGAUCCAACCAAGAACCUGAAGGAGAAGGAAAUGAAGCGGCAGACGCUUAUGGAGCUUGUUGAUUAUGUCACUUCUGCAAAUGGAAAGUUCUCGGAAGUCAUCAUGUUGGAGAUCAGCAAGAUGGUUGCAAUUAACUUGUUCCGGAGCUCGAAUCCCACUCCUCGUGAGAACAAGGCCAUCGAAGGAGUUGAUAUGGAGGAAGAAGAGCCUCUCAUGGAUCCAGCAUGGUCACACCUGCAGAUCGUUUAUGAGGUUUUCUUGAGAUUUGUAGCGUCGCAAGAGACUGAUGCAAAGCUGGCCAAGCGAUACAUAGACCAUUCCUUCAUUCUCAAGCUACUAGAUCUUUUUGACUCUGAAGACCCCAGGGAAAGGGACUAUCUCAAGACAAUACUCCAUCGAAUAUAUGGUAAAUUCAUGGUGCAUCGCCCAUUCAUCAGGAAAGCAAUCAACAACAUCUUCUACAGAUUUAUAUUUGAAACGGAAAAGCAUAACGGUAUUGCAGAGCUGCUGGAGAUCUUGGGCAGUAUAAUUAAUGGUUUUGCCCUGCCACUUAAAGAAGAGCACAAAUUGUUCCUUCUCCGUGCACUGAUCCCACUUCACAAGCCAAAGUGUGUAGCAAUGUACCAUCAGCAGCUAUCGUAUUGCAUCACACAGUUUGUUGAGAAGGACUGCAAACUUGCUGACACUGUUAUUAGGGGCUUGCUCAAGUAUUGGCCUAUAACCAACAGUUCAAAGGAGGUGAUGUUCUUGGGUGAGCUAGAAGAGGUUUUAGAGGCAACACAGCUUGCAGAGUUCCAAAGAUGCAUGGUUCCACUCUUCCAUCAGAUUGCAAGUAGCAUGAACAGCUCGCACUUCCAGGUGGCAGAGCGGGCACUGUUUCUAUGGAACAACGACCACAUUGAGAACUUAAUCAAGCAGAAUUACAAGGUGAUACUACCCAUCAUCUUUCCCGCGCUCGAGAGAAACGCCCGGGGUCACUGGAACCAAGCUGUCCGGAGCCUGACGCUGAAUGUACGCAAGAUCUUCACCGAUCAUGAUUCUGCAUUUUUCGGGGAGUGCAUGCAGAAGUUCGAUGACGACGAGCUCAAGCAGGAGGAGUCCAGUUCGAAGCGGGAAGCGCUGUGGAAGCGCCUGGAGGAAAUGGGCGGUGAGAGCAACCCCUCGGGUAUACCCAACGGCAAAUCCAGUCAAUAGAAUAUACCCAUAGUGACCGUGAUCGCGCGAUCCUUUGAACGAUGCGCGACUGAUUCUCUGGAACUUGGGCUGUGGUUGUAGUGUUGAAUUUUUCCUUUUUCUUCUUGGUUGGUGAGUUGGCUUCCCCUGGGUAGAGUGUACUUGGUUUCGUGAGGACUGCAUGAUCAAAAGGUAUGCAUACAUGAGAUUUUCUGUGAUAUUUGGCAUGUGUCGUGACAUGGGUCAGGAUUAUCGUAUAGACCAAUAAACGGUGUCAGGUUUUGUUGAGGACAAUGCUCUUGGGUGGUUUACUUAAAUGACAAUGAUCAUUUUGUUGUUGCCCUUGUA